AUGUCCGACUCACCCUUCGCCACAGCACCGCUCGAUCCCAGUGAGAAACCCGUCCUAGAUUCGAUCCUUAUCAUCCGCGAUAAACUCCUACUUCUGAAGCAAGACAAGUCUACCUACGUCAAGUCGCAGGAUGUUCUUCCACUAUACGAACAGGUAAUAGAGCAGGUGAGCAAGCUCAACGGAAUACGGAAGGAGGGACAGAAGCAACUCGAGUUGAACAGAGUGGAUACUGUCUUGGAUGAUUGUUUCCAGCUCAUUUCGUUGUUCUUCUUGACAAUCGGCAGAAAUAAUGAAGCUCCUGCUGUUUACUCUAUGGCUUCCACCAUAAACCGCCUGCUGGAUCACCUCAAAGAAGCUGCUUUUUACAGCCAGAAAGAUCUUGUCAGCAUGGGACAAACCCUGGACAAUAUGACAGAGACGGUAGAAAGAGGAAAGCUGACAUACUCCCCGCACCUUGUCACACUAUUGGAAGCACGAAUGCAGACGUGCAAGAAUCAACUUGCGGAAUUACAGGAAUACCUGAAGAAGAUAGAUCCAGGAUUGGUACCAACCUGGGAAAAGCUGGUCUCCUUGCUGAGAAGUGCAGCUGCGCUGAACACCAGAAGCAAGUUUUCUAAAACCGACUUGGAGCAAUUACGAGCACAGCUUUUGGAGAUCCAAGCAACCAUGAAGGAUGGCAAACUGCCUGCUGAGGACGGCUCGAUACCUGAAUGCCAGGAUCUGGUGGUACCUUUGCUCGAGAGAUGUCUGCUAUGGUGCGAUAUUGUGGAAGAGAAGCGAGGAAAGAUUGAUGAGAGGUUCCAGGAUACCUAUGACAAGUUGAUAGAGAUUCGGAACCAUCUUGAAAAGCUGACAAUGACACAAGCAUGGUCACUACGAGAAACGGAUCUGUAUAUGUGGCAGAGAAAGCUUGACCGGAUAGAUGAUUCGCGACGGGGUGGCAAUUUCUUGGACACAGAGGGCAAACCGGCCGAUCUACACACACAACGAACAAUGCUCUACCUUCUCCGAAGAGGCUAUGCCUACAUCUACCAGCUUCUAAUCUCAUCUGAACCCGUCUCCGAGGCCCUCCUCCCCAUCUAUAAUCAAUUAAUGACAUUACGACGAUGCCUGCUAGAAGUCAAGAAGUCUGGCGGUGUGUCAAAUCCACGGGAACUUUAUCCGUACAGCAUGAAGCUAAACUCUAUCGACAACAUGAGGGUGGAUGGCAAGUUCACCAUUGGCAAGGACAUUCCAGAGGGACAGGGCAGCGUGAUUGGUUUACUUAGCGAAUGUUAUGAUUUGGCGUAUGAACUGAGGACAGCGGCGGAGGAUGAUGCUAAUGAUUCUGAUUGA